CAUCCUUUAAAUAUUUUUUCCUAGAAAUAAAGCCUUUCUGGAACUGCUGAGCUUUGUGCCUGCAGUGGAUUAAGUGCAGGACAGUGGGCCAAGUGGAAAGGAGAAUAAUUAUCGGGUGCAUUCCGGUACAAAUAAAGUACACAAAAAGAACGGACAAUGACAAAAAGGAAUGGCACAAGUUAGAAGUGCAUCUUUUCUUCUUAGUGUGAUGAAUUUUAUGUAGGAAGAUGAUACCAUGUUGUUUUAGAAGGAUGUCAUACUUUGUUAUCAGCCUUGCCUAUGUAAUUUUUAAAGAAAAUCUGUUUGUCAAGCUAUAAAAAAAGCUAUGAAGCUACUCACUGUUCCUCCUUCCUUCAUCCGUUUUCUGUUAUUAUACUAGUAAUGUGUUUGAUUAAAAAAAGCAGCAGCAGCCUAAAAAAGAUUUUUUUUUAAAUUCUACUCUUUGAAAGUCAUUUAGACAGAUGUUCAUUUCUUUUAAGAAAUCUUUUGUGGUUUUACCUUCCUUGUGGACCUUACCUGCUCCAUCCCAAUUCUGAGUCAAUGGGCACGUCUGUGUUUUUACUUUUUAUUUAUUUUAUUUCAGCACAUUAUGGGGGUACAAACGUUAAGGUUACAUGCAUUGCCCUUGCCUCCCCUCCUCCCUCGAGUCAGAGCUUCAAUGUAUAUAUUUUUUGUAGUACGUAAUUUUUCUCACAUGCUAAUAAUGCCUUUGCCACUUGCUGGUCUGAUAUAUUGCCACCCUCACUGUUUCUUCCUCUCUUCCUCUUCACUGCUCCCCCACAAAUGUUUUGUGUGUUUCCUUUUUCCCAUAGGCACAAGUCCAGCUCAUGAGAAUAUCGCAUCCCAGGACUCUACGAAUAAGGAUAAAACCGUAUUAACUAUGGAAGCCAAAGAGGAACCAGAGACAAUAGAAGAACAUAAAAAAGAAUGUGCUUCAGGAGACACUGCUGUUUCUCCUCUUCCUGUAACUACUGUGAAAUCAGUUAACUUUAGACAAAGUGACAACACUUCUGCUAAUGAGAAGGAGGUGGAGGCAGAAUUUCUCAGGUUAUCUUUGGGAUUUAAGUGCGACUGGUUUACGUUGGAGAAAAGAGUGAAACUUGAAGAGAGAUCCCGGGACUUGGCAGAAGACAAUUUGAAGAAAGAAAUUACUAACUGUCUAAAGCUAUUAGAGUCUUUAACACCUCUGUGUGAAGAUGACAACCAGGCCCAGGAAAUAAUUAAGAAGCUGGAGAAGAGUAUCACAUUUCUUAGCCAGUGCACAGUACGAGUGGCCAGUAGGGCUGAGAUGCUGGGAGCCAUUAAUCAGGAAAGCCGGGUUAGUAAAGCAGUUGAAGUGAUGAUUCAGCAUGUAGAAAACUUGAAGAGAAUGUAUGCCAAAGAGCAUGCUGAAUUAGAAGAACUGAAACAAGUUCUUUUGCAGAAUGAAAGGUCUUUCAAUCCUCUUGAAGAUGAAGAUGACUGCCAAAUUAAAAAACGUUCAGGUUCUAUAAACUCUAAGCCAUCUUCUCUUCGAAGAGUGACCAUUGCCUCUUUACCCAGAAAUAUUGGAAAUGUAGGAAUGGUGGCUGGGAUGGAAAAUAAUGAACAAUUCAGUAGGAGGUCAAGCAGUUGGCGUAUUUUGGGGUCAAAGCAGAGUGAACACCGUCCCUCAUUACAUCGAUUUAUUAGCACCUAUUCCUGGGCAGAUGCUGAAGAAGAAAAAUGUGAACUAAAAACUAAAGAUGACUCAGAACCACCUGGAGAAGAAAUAGUAGAAAGGACAAGGAAGCCAAGUCUUUCUGAAAAGAAAAACAAUCCAUCAAAGUGGGAUGUCUCUUCAGUUUAUGAUACAAUAGCUUCCUGGGCAACAAAUCUCAAGACUUCCAUCAGAAAGGCUAAUAAAGCACUCUGGCUUUCUCUUGCACUCAUUGUGCUGUUUGCAGCUUUGAUGAGCUUCCUCACAGGCCAAUUUUUCCAAAAGUCCGUGGAUGCUGCUCCCAUACAGGAAGGGGACACCUGGAUAUCUUUAGAACAUAUCUUGUGGCCAUUUACCAGACUCCAACACAACGGGCCACCACCAAUGUGACAGCAGCACAUGCUAAUAUAUGUAUCUUGAUUUUUGAAGUUUCAGUAUCUGAACUUUAUAAAUUAGUAACUUAGCUGGGAAAGUAUAGCAUGAAACCAGAGGUUUUCAGAAUGACUGUAAGAUAUUUUACAUUCCCUCUUUUCCUGAUUAUCUCCCCAACUAAAAUACAAGGAGGAAGAAGCCUGCCUAUGAUCUUUUAAUGAGUUUUUGAGGAAGAAAUAUAUUGUUUUGUUAAAGUUUAUUGAAAUAAAGAAUCAUUCAAAUCUU